CCUAUCACCAUUAUUAUAAUUAGUAAAGAAGAAACUUUCGUGUGCGCUGUACCAGCAACAACAAAGUGACCUAAGUUUUGUUUUGAGGCGAAUGGAUAUCUCUCUGUCAAUUUCACGAGCACGUAAGUAACACCUUACCCAAUCACGAGCGAGAGUUUUUGUUUUACUGACAUGUGCUUGUCAGUGACUUCGUCGCAACCUUGGCAACACAUUUCGCUCAAUUUGCUCGGCGAUGAUCGAGGCAUCUAGGGCGUCGUCUCCAAAGAACGAAACUCUUCUGGUAGACAACUUUUUAACAAAAUACUGUCAGGACAAAUGAGCGAGACUUCUAGAAAAAAACAGACACACGACAGAAAAGAGCGCAAUCCGUCGUGUACGCUCUGCAUCAAUCAUGGAGUCCGAUCGAAAUUCAAGGGUCACAAACGCCUUGGUUGUCCGUUUUUGAGCUGCCACUGUGAGCUGUGUGUAAACGGACGUCAAAAACGAGUCACUAUGAAAAAGCAAGUUCGUCUUCGGCGAAAGCAAAUGAAAGAUAUCGGAAGAAGGAAUAAUCAGUGCAUUUCACCCGCCGUGGAGCCCACUCGAGUGAGUUUCUUUCCUGCGGCUGUUAAAACUGGAUCGCCUUUCACCGAAGAAUACAGCACCGUCAACGGACUUGAAAAGACAGCGAAAAACGGAAAUGGAGGAUUGAUUCAGAGUGUGUCCAACAUUUUGCAUUCUCAGUUCGGGGUCGUUGGACAACAUCCACUCAACUGUAGUGCUUACUUGUCUACACCUUACCAGCCUCAAUGGACCGUCGGGGAUGUUUACCUGGGCGGCUUUCAUUACAACAACUGGCAGGCAUCAGAGCGGACAGCCUCUCACUCUGUGAUCGAACCUCUAACAAGCCCUAACUUGGCCUUUUCGGACAACAGCGCUAUUUUGAAGUACCGCAAUCUUUCCCCGAGAACGGAAAGCAACUCCUUCAGUCUCAGUACGUCUUUGGAAGCCGCCGCCGUUUUGGCGUCAUUUGCGGGAAAUCAGAAACACCGAGUGCCGAAACUUUGAAGGCGUUUUAAAAACUUUUUUCUUCUCAUACUUGCCCUCACUUGUUUCCUUCACUGUUUGUCGUUCUUGUGGGCUGCAAAGGAACUGUUAGCUUUCUUUAUGAAAUUGUGGUUUCCGCGAAACAGGAAAUUUUUACUACACCGUAUUUAUGAUAUGUGCACCGUUUUUUUGUCAAUCAUAUAAGAAAAUUCAUUUCCUGACGAGGGAAUUCCGUAUUAAAUUGCACGCAAAAACCGAUACGAAUCGCUAAGCGAUGAUAUCGGUUUUCAUGUGCAAU